AUGCCUCUACGGCAAACCAGCCAAGACAGUUAUACUGGUCGGAUGACGGACUUCGACGCUCGGGAACCCAUCUUGCCUGCGUUCAGAGCCACGAAUGAGACGAGUGGCCACAGUCCGUUUGAGGAUGAGGAACGAGUGUCACCCAACCACGAGUUCUCGCACCUGUUUCAAAGCUCUCAUCCGGAUGAGGACCAGCAAUCCUCAUCACAUUCCACCGUCCUCGGAGGCAGUGGUGGCAGCAAUGGGCUAGAACUCAAAGCCGGCUUCGCCAGAGGCGUCACUCUGUCUGAUACUGGCGCCGUACCUGACUCGAUGGGCGCCAUGCGCAGAGUCGAUCGGCCGACUCACUCUAACCUUCCCCCCAUUCUCCCCCACCAACAUCAACCGGCUAGCAGUAAUCCUUUCAAGACAUCUGCAAGUCCAGAUGAUGACUUGCCUUCUCCCCCUGGGUUCACAACCUAUAGGAGGUCAUAA